UUCUUUCUCACGAUUCUGUGCAUAUAUUAAAAAUAAAAAAUUCACUUAAAUAAAAUAUUUUUUCCCAAGCAAUAGCAAAUGGUUUAAAUGGACCCACAUGUAAGUUUGAAGUCUGUGUGUAUCCGAGUGUAUCAUCCGGCAAGUAAUUGGAGUGUUGAAGGAGAAUCGGAGCUUUGCAUUGGUUUGGUGAAUAUGAUGAUGAUGAAUUUUUGGAGAAUCGCUUCUCUUCCGUCCUCUUCGGCCAUUGAUCUUCUUCAACAUUUGGAAUUGAGUAACCCCAAAUCUGUCAAUUCUCUUCCCUUUUCUUUGUUGAAUUGCUUUUCUGCUUUAAAUAGGGAAAGGUCUCUCUUCUAUUUUCAAAAAUCUUACUUCUUUACCACCCCUUCCAAGAAAUCCAAGUAUGUGUUUGAUAAAAUUGAUGAUGCCUUGGCUUUGUUCGAUCACAUGCUUCAUACCCAUCCUCGACCUUGUAUUGUUGAAUUUAGUAAAUUAUUAUCAGCCAUUGUUAGAAUGAAGCAUUAUGAAAUUGGUGUUUCUCUGUUGAGACAAAUGGAAUUACUAGAAAUUCAUCACAGUGUUUAUACUCUCAACAUCUUGGUUAAUUGUUUUUGCCGCUUGCAUCGAAUGGAUUUUGGGUUUUCUGUUUUGGGGAAAAUGUUGAAGCUGGGCAUUCAACCUAAUGUUAUAACAUUCUCCACUUUGAUCAAUGGCCUUUGCAUUAGAGGUAAAGUAGCUCAAGCUGUGAGGUUGUUUGAUGACGUUGUCACUCGAGAAGGGUAUCAGCCUGAUUUAAUUACUUAUAAUAUGAUAGUGAACGGUCUUUGUAAAGUAGGAGAAGCUACUUGUGCUAUUAGAUUGCUAAGGACUAUGGCAGAAAGAGGUUGCGCACCGGACACCAUAACAUACACUACCUUAAUCAACAGCCUUUGUAAGGACAAGAAUGUAACUGAGGCUUUGAAGCUUUUCUCUGAAAUGAGAGGUAAAGGAAUUCCACCUGAUGUAGUCACUUAUAAUUCUUUAAUUCAUGCCAUGUGUAAUUCAUGUCAGUGGAAGGAAGCUACAGCAUUAUUCAAAGAAAUGGUGGCUAGCAAUUGCAAACCCAAUGUGAUCACAUAUGGUAUUGUGGUUGAUGCACUUUGUAAAGAGGGUAGGGUUUUAGAGGCUCAAGAUAUUCUUGAGAGAAUGAUUCAACAAGGUAUUGAGCCUGAUAUAGUUAUAUAUAAUUCAUUGAUGGAUGGAUAUUGUUUACAAGGUGAAAUGGAUGAGGCUAGAAAAUUAUUCAAUUCAAUAACUUAUAAGGGUUGUGAACCUAGUGUAGUCAGUUACAGUAUCAUUAUUAAUGGAUAUUGUAAGGCUAAAAGGAUAGAUGAGGCAGUGGAGCUUUUUCAUGAAAUGACUCGAAAUGGAUUAGUCCCUGAUGUUGUUACUUAUGGCACUCUUAUAGAUGGCAUGUCACAUAUUGGGAGACUUGCAACUGCACAAGAAAUUUUUGAAGAAAUGUGUGCUUAUGGCCUAGUACCAAAUGCGAUCACUUACUCUUCCUUGUUGUAUGGCUUAUGCAAGCAUGGUCAUAUUCAUGAGGCAUUGGGAUUCUUUCAUGCAAUGCAGAACAGUGGGCUAGAACCUGAUAUUGUCCACUACAAUAUCUUAAUUGAUGGCUUGUGUCUAGUUGGGCAACUUAAAGUUGCUAGGAAAUUAUUUUAUGCACUCACAGUCAAAGGGGUACAGCCCACUGUUUACACAUAUAGUACAAUGAUCAAAGGACUUUGUAGAGAAGGGCUGCUGAAUGAAGCAUAUGAAUUGUUUAGGAGAAUGGAAGUGGAUGGUUGCAUGCAAAAUAGUUGCUCUUAUAAUACCAUGAUCAAAGGAUGUCUUCAUAACAAUGACACAUCGAGGGCAAUACAAAUUCUUCAUGAAAUGGUUAAGAAAGGAUUUUCUACGGAUGCAUCCACAGCAGCCAUGGUAGUGGAUCUAUUGUCUAGUGAUUCAACAGGUGAAUCUUUUUGUGCACUAGUUCAGAAAUUGUGAAGGCUAUCAAAGUGUUAAUAUGAAUGAUCUCUUCUCAAUCAACAUUGCUGCAGUAAAUCUAGACACAAUUUAUAAUGUGU